CGGAAGAAAAGAGAUCUGUACAGUUGCGUUUGGAAGGCGUUCUGCAAAAACCUCUUCGUCUCACCGACUGGCUAGUCGCUGAGGCAACCUUUUCCGCGGGAUUGGUUCAUUCCCUUAGUGGUCAUCCGGUUUCAACCGUGGAUCGGUUUUUCCUCGGCGGUCCGAUGGAAUUACGCGGCUACAAAUUUUACAGUGUAGGUCCUGGCGAGCCUCAGUUGCUGCCCCCGUCUCUGACCCGCAGCAGUGUGGAUGAGUCGGGGAUGGCCUCAGAAAGUCCUAGUUGUCCCAUUGGCGCUUUGGCUUCUUGCUUUGCUGGACUACACCUCUACACUCCCCUGCCGUUCAUCAACUCAGCCACUGGCGCUUCCUUCGCAAGACUCCAUGCCUUCACUUUGACAGGAUGUCUUCUUGCCGACCCAAUACGGGAAUGGCGGUUGGCGCGAGCCUCUGGUGACCGAUUCUUUACUAGUUGCCAAGCAACGGCUGCGUCGGUGGUGGGAGCCGGGCUGGUUCUACGAUUUGCAGGCGCUCUUCGCCUUGAAAUCAACUACUGCUUACCCCUUGCAGGUUCGCUCCUAUUCCCUGGCGCUAGCUGUCCUACCCAUCUACCCAAGCCCAGUUUUCAGAUGGGAUUUGGAAUUAACUACUCGUAG